AAUCUUGCUGAAAUCUAUUUGCUGAUUGAAAAUGUUUAAAGAAUAGCCCCAAACAACAAUCUAGUUAAUCCUUCAAGACAGGGCUGCAAUUACGAUAGCCAAUGGUAACAGGGACUUAAACAGUUUACGUUUCGAUUUAAACCGAUUCUGUUUUAAACAGUUUAAAAAAUUGGUGCUAACUUAAAAGCUGAACAGAUAUUUCGUCCAUUCACUGUUUUGACCCAUCACCGAACAGUUGUAUCCAAUUGUCUUACAAACAGUUUCAGUGUCGAAUCAACAUCAUUUAGUUAUCAUCAUACAAUGGCUACAAUGAGUUUCACCAAAAUCCUGAGAAAUCAGUUCAAGUUUCUCAAACGUCAACCCAUAAUGAUUAGACCUCGUAAAAUUUACAAUUUGGUUCUAGUAACCGAUCAGCAAAAUAAUCAAGUUUUGUUGGGUUACAAGAAGCGAGGAUUCGGAGUCAAUAGAUGGAAUGGCUUUGGUGGUAAAGUCAAUAUUGGCGAGGACAUUGAAGUUUCAGUGAAACGUGAACUCUUUGAGGAAUCAUCUUUGAUUGCUCAAGAAAUUGUUAAAGUUGGCAUUUUGUGCUUUGAUUCCAAUGCUUAUUCAUGUGUCCAUGAAGCUCAUGUUUUCCACGUUCCCAAGUUUUCUGGAAAUCCAACAGAAUCAGAUGAAAUGAAACCCAAAUGGUUCCCAAUCGACUCCAUUCCAAGCAAUCAGAUGUGGAGUGACUUUCAAUAUUGGUGGCCUUAUUUCAGAAAAGGUCAAUUGUUCAGUGCCUUCUUUAUGUACCAAGGAAUGGACGUUGUCACUGAUCACAGAUUAAUCACCGUCAAUAACUAUCAAAAAUUGGAACCAGUGGAGUUACUCGGAAAAUCCUUCAUUAGACAUUCACCUUUUUUGCCAACCCUUACUGCACCUCAUUGAUAUUGCCUCAAAAAUUGCUUUUCAUCUGAAAUCAUAUCUAAUUCAUCUUGAUAUCUUUUAUACAUUAAUAUCAAACCUGUACAAGAGCCUAGUGCUAUCAUGAUUCAUGAUUUAUACCUUUUCACUGACAUUAAAAUUACAAUUGAUUCUGAA